AUCUCCUUUUCUUUUACUGGAGAGGGCUGAUAUCUAGAGUCCUAUCCUGAAAAGACUUCUAACACAGCUCAGCUAUGGUCGUAUUAUGGAAAUUGUGGUACAAGAACCCUUGAGAACUGAGUGAACAGCAGGGGGCAGUGUUGGCCCAAUAGAACUGGUGGGUAAGAUGCAGCCCUGGCCCAACCUGGAAGAAGAAAUCGACUUACUGGCUAACAUGCUGGCCCAUCAAGACCCUGUCCCCCAUCGCCAGGAUACUGUCCCCCAGCGCUUCCGCUGGCCUGCAGCCACCCUGGUGUCCCCAGGACAGGAGCCUGAUACCCCAUCCCCUCAGGGCGCUCAAGUUCCCACCGUCAGAGCCUCUCAUUCAUCUUCGAGGCCUGUGGAGAUGUCACCUGUGGAUCCCCCACACCCAUCUAAUGAUGUCCUCGUUCUCAUGAUGAUCGUGGUCUGUGCAGUGGCUGGGCUCUCGGCGCUGGUUGUAGCUGUUGUCUGCUGGUGCAGGUGAGACCCUG